AUGGGGAAUGGAAGGAAAGUGGAGGCGGUGGUUCGAGUGAAUUGUUCCUUGGGCGAAGGACCCCAUUGGGAUGGUGGUUCCCAGUCUCUUGUCUUCACAGACAUCCUCAAUGCCACCGUGUAUCGAUAUCAUCCUGUCACUGGCCAGCUUUCUUCCACCCUCGUUCCACGAGUCGAGGGCGUCGGAUUCAUCGUCCCAGUGGAUGGACGCGAUGGGGAAUACAUAGUCGGGGGAGAUAAGUCUUUCAUUUGGCUCCACUGGGACGGAUCAGACGGCGGAGGUAAAGUGAAACAAAUCUUGGACACCGUUCACGAAAACCCUGGGAAUCGACUGAAUGAUGGCAAGGCGGAUCCCUUCGGCAGACUCUUCGCCGGCAAGUCCCCUUGGACAAUGGGAUCCGAGACCUCACCUGGCGUCUUCGCUCAGGAACAGGGGGCUUUAUAUCUACUCAGUCCGACAACGGGGAAAGCCGAAAAGAAAGUCGAAGGCGUGACGCUAUCGAAUGGACUCUGUUGGUCUCAGGAUAGCAGUCAUUUUUUCUACAUCGAUUCCGUCUUGAGGAAGGUGGACGCCUUCGAUUAUGAUCCUCUGACCGUCUCUCUCAGCAAUCGAAGGACGGUUUUCCACAUGCCAUCGCAUUUACCCGAGAAGGCAGUGCCGGAUGGAAUGACGAUCGACGCCACGGGAAGGCUUUACGUUGCCACUUUCUUCGGAUCCAGAAUCCUGGUGAUAGAUGCAGAAGAGGGCCGGGAAAUCGAGGAGAUAAAGUUGCCAGUCGAGAACGUGACAUCCUGUACUUGGGGUGGAGAGAAUCUCGACCAACUUUAUGUCACUUCUGCCGCCAAAUUCACUGAUUUGACUACCUACCCUGAGUCUGGAUUUAUUUACAAGAUAAUGGGUUUGGGAAGUCGGGGCUUUGAUGGCGUCAAAGCGAAAAUCCCUAUUCUUGCACAGCCCUAAGGAAUGAUUUUCUCUGAAAUUUUCUCAAGUCACCGCUUUCAUUACUCGAGCAUAGUAUCACUUAUAUUCUCCCUAUUUUCUUGUCAUUGACAAGGCUUCGCUGCAAUAAAGUUUUCCUGAUGUU